ACACCAGCAGCAGCAGAUAAACCGAAGCAGGUCGCUGCAUUACAGCAGAUUUCUUCUGACGCUUACUGUGUGGUUGACUGAGAAGCAUCUGUGUGCAGUGUUGAGCAUGGCGUCGGUUCUGCAGAAGCUCAUCACUCCUCUGUCUAGUGGGCCGCUUGAGCCGCCGAGGAGCAAAGUGACGGUGGUGGGUGUGGGACAGGUCGGCAUGGCCUGCGCCGUCAGCGUUCUGCUGCGGGAGCUGGCGGAUGAGCUGGCGCUGGUGGACGUUAUAGAGGACAAACUCAAGGGCGAGAUGAUGGACUUGCAGCACGGAAGCCUCUUCCUAAAGACGCCCAAGAUCGUCUCGGGCAAAGAUUACUCUGUGACGGCUAACUCUCGUAUCGUGGUGGUGACGGCAGGCGUGCGUCAGCAGGAGGGCGAGAGCAGACUGAAUCUGGUGCAGAGAAACGUCAACAUCUUCAAACACAUCAUCCCGCAGAUCGUCAGAUACAGUCCCAACUGCAUCCUCAUCGUCGUGUCCAACCCAGUGGACGUAUUGACAUACGUGACCUGGAAGCUGAGCGGCCUGCCCAAGCACCGCGUCAUCGGCAGCGGGACCAACCUGGACUCAGCUCGCUUUCGGUAUCUGAUGGCCGAGAGGUUGGGCAUCCAUCCCAGCAGCUUCAACGGAUGGAUUCUGGGAGAACAUGGCGACUCCAGCGGUGAGACAAGCCAGACAAAUAUAUAUAAUAUCAAUUAUGAAUAAUUUUUUUUAUAAAAAAAUAUUAUUAAAAUAGACACGGACCGAGAGAACUGGAACGAAACACACAAGAAAGUCGUGGACAGCGCCUAUGAGGUGAUCCGACUGAAGGGCUACACUAACUGGGCCAUCGGGCUGAGUGUGGCCGACCUGACAGAGAGUUUCAUGAAGAACCUCAACCGAGUCCAUCCCGUUUCCACCAUGGUGAAGGGUAUGUACGGCAUCAGUGACGAGGUGUACCUGAGCCUGCCGUGCGUGUUGAACAGCGCUGGAGUGGGCAGCGUGGUCAACAUGAGCCUGACCAGCGACGAGGUCUCGCAGCUGAAGAAGAGCGCAGAUAUGCUGUGGCACAUCCAGAAAGACCUGAAAGACCUGUAACGCUGACUCGCAACCAAUGGAUAUUAUUCACAGCUUCGAAUGUUUGAUUGCUGCUAUGACAAGAAAUCCAUGCCUAAGAUUUUUCUUUUAACAUCCUAGUUGUAUUAUGUUCUUGAAAUCAUCUUUCAAAUGAUUUAGGGGUUUGAAUUUACGUAUAUAAAGGAGUAGUUCACCCAAAAAUGCAAUUUGCUGAAUAUUUACUCACCUUCAGGCCAUCCAAGAUGU